GGUCGUUCGAGGGGGUGAGGAGUAUGGAUAGUAUUGCCGCUCAAGGCAUUAAGUAACCAGCCUACCGGUACAUGCUUUGAUGCAACGUUGCCUGCUUGUGGCUGUGUUGUGAUGAUAGGUGCUUGUGAUGGCAGUCCCAGACUGUAAAUGAUGGGCACAAGUGAAGAUAAAGUGGGAAGCCUGGAAGAUGAAGCAAAGAAAAGAAGAGAAAAGCUUGCAGUCUUGAAAAGACGUCGCCAAGAAAGAGCUGCAACAAAUGAUGACGAGCCUGAUUACAAGAAAGAUGCCCUGCCAAAACCUGUGUUCCGGAGCUACAAGCCCAUCGACGAGAAGCUGAAGGAGUCAGAGCUGCCUGAGGCUGAGCCGGGGAACGUGGACGCCCUACUGGGCGCAGUCGAGACCAGCGAUGCUGCUGCCGCCAGGCCCGAGGAGGUGGACGUCGCGCAGCUGGCGCCGCGCAAGCCCGACUGGGACCUGAAGCGGGACCUGGCGCCGCGGCUGGAGCGGCUGGAGCGGCGCACGCAGCGGGCUAUUGCCGAACUCAUCCGCCAGCGGCUGGAGCGCGAGCAGGGCGCCGACGUCUUGGUGGACGCCGUCAGCACCGCCGCUGCCGCCGCCGGCGACGACGACGACGAGUAGGCGGCGGGCGCCGCAGGCGGACGGCGGACAGUGCAGGGCGUGGCGACGGCGGUUCGGUGUAGCGCGUGCUGUGGCCGCACGGCGGCAUGGCCACCGUCACGGCCCCCACUGUCACCGCCAAGGUGGUGUCGUUUAGCUCCGGUAGGCACCAGCGGCGACAGCAGUAAGACGACGGCCAGGCUAACCAGGCCGUAGCUUGCCCUGCAGCGGUUGUGCGGACCGCCUGCCGUGUGGGACCAUGGCGCAGUGUCUGGUGUUACACGCACCUGGCAGCAACAGCGCAGAACCGGACGUUGAGCGAAGCUCGCCGCUGUCUCACCGCUAAUGUGAGGGAGCAUGCUGAUUUGUCAAAAUACGCCGGGCUCGCACCAGAAUGCUGCCAGGCCGAGGUGUAAUUGUCUGGUGUCAGUGUGUGUGUUUGGAGCGUUGUUGGC